UCAGUAUGGUUCAUACAGAGCUCUAUAAGUAGGGCUUCUACAGAAGGGGUCCACAGGCUUCAGAUGUACAGAUUCUGAAAGGUUCUUCAGCUGGCAACACAUCAGCAUGUUCCGGAACAUCUUUCUUGUCACCUUACUCAUGUACUCAGUGUGUGCAGUUCACUGGGAGAUUCGUGAAGUGGAUUCUGCUGAGGACCAACUUGAAGAGAUUCCUGAUGACAGUGUGAUGACACAAAAUCUUCCUGAUAAGUGCUCGAUAUGCAAAUCCAUCAUAAAGAAAGUGAAAAAAAAAAUCUCCUCCAAAGCAACACCGGAUGAAAUCAAAAAGAAGCUGAACAACACCUGCGAGAAACUCCCCGUGUUUAAAUCUCAGUGCAAGUGCUUUAUUAAGAAAUAUAUGAGCACUUUGAUUGACGAGCUUCACACCACUGAUGGCCCAAACACCAUCUGUACUAAACUUUCUCUCUGCAAGUCGCCACCACCCAUAAAGGAGUUCAUUUUUGUAUCUGAUCAAGUAUUUGACAAUCUCUGAAUGAGUAUAGAUUACUCAGAAAGCAUUAAAUGCAUUAUAAUGAAAGAAUAAUAAAUGAUAUACAUAUAAACAAUCAA